AUGGAGGAUUUAGUACACCACUUGGCCCUGUCUGAUGAUCAAUCUCUGUUCGGUGCUGAAGUUCUUGAAGAUUGUGCCUCUCUCCAUUCGCGAGUCAAUCUCCGCAGCAUCGUGCGUCGAUACCAUCGGGCAUCGCCCUUCGAUAGCCUUUACAGUAGCUGUGUCCAAGUCAAGCAGAAGCCCUUCGAAAGCACUCAUCGAAAGGGCGUGCCCAACAAACGGCAGCCCGUUGCCUUGGAACCAGCGACACCACCCAGAGAACGCAAGGUCAUCAAAACGAAGGAGUUUGAGAGCCUAAUUCAGAUCAGGGAUACUACCAACCCUGUCAUUGAGACUAUCGUUCCAUCGAACCAAAGCAAGACCUCUCGUGUGAACCUCCUGGGAGCGCAGCCCGGAGAUCCUUGGCAAAAGUACACCAAAAUCCUUACUUGGUUUGAUCUCGUCCCCACGAAGGCGCUGCAAUUCUUGGACAAGUGA